UCGGCGACGCCAAGACGAGACCCGAGAUCUAGCGUCGGUCGGUCGCCAAAUUGGAGGACGAAAAUGGAUUAAAGUAUAAAACAUGACAAUCCUAGUUUAUGACGAAUGUGAACUAGAGGAAAGGUCAUCAAAGACCCUUAAAGCUUGGAAAGCAUGGCAUCUGAUACUUUACUCCUGUGCGGCCGUAUUCGGUAUACUUAAUUAUGUUUUUUUACAAAAUACAAUGCAACUAGUGAAUAAUAGUUGCGUAAUUUAUCCACGAUUAUUAGAGUUCCAUAUGGUUCCACGAGAUAAUUUAACCACAAUGAAAGUUGAAACUUCUAACCAUACAUCAAAUAUGUCAGCCGCUGAACAAGAAACAACAAUUACCACAAUUGCUCAACCGUCAGAAACCGUCCACGAAUUAAAUACCAGCAAUGCCAAAAUUAUAACGAAAACAGAGGCUCAAAUUAUCGAGAAUGCUGACGAAUUAGAAACUAUGAUAGAAGUGAACAAUGUUACUAUAGUUAUAGGAAAUAGAACUCAUCGUCUUGUGCUGGACACAUCGAGAUCUCUCUUUGGAGGAGAGACGGAAUGCGAGUUCGCCGAAUACAUGCCUAUCAUGUCCACUGUGUUUGCUGCUGUGUGGCUCACCAUGUUCACUAUGUGUCCUGGCGGUGGACGCGUCAGAACUGGGCUGCCGCAGCCGUGGCGUAUUUUGACACCAGCAUUACUGUUCGCCCUAGUGCUGGUUGGCUUGACGGGCCACAGCUUCACGACUACUAAUGGAGGCCUCCAUGCGUUUUGUACGGCGUUUCAUAACGUAACCAACUCAACCGCUUGCUCACCGGUUAACGAUUUCCUAGAGGACGGGUGGAACGCGACGUGGGGCUUCGGCGGUCGAGCCGCUGCUGCCCGAGCCGCCAGCGCGGGGGCAUGGGCGAGCUGGGCUUGCGCCGCCGCCCUGUUCCUCGCUCGCUGCCUCGCCGCGCCCGACUUCGCCGUCAAACACUCCGAGGUCUACCUGGUCAAGGAUCCACAACAAAAACUUACUCCUUACCUGAGGAAGUCGACACGACGAUCGAACAGAUCGAACCAGACGUCGCCACUUAAACAGGACAACAUGUCUGUGAGGUCCGAGCCCACUAUUACCACAGAACUGGCAACUGUGUCCAUGGAACCGGGUCAGGACUCCGCCCCCACUUCGCUUCUCGUCACACCUGUCAAAAAGGAUCCUGUAAGGCAGAACAAUGAAAUGAUUGAAAUGGCGUACACGCCACAAGAGCGACAUGAAUAAAUAUAUCCGUAUUAUAAUGAAAUUGAAGAUAAUAGUGAUUAUGAGCAAACAAUUAUUUGGCUCAAUAAAAGCUCAAUCUGGAAUUACGAAUUGUUAGCAGUGUACAACAAAUAUAAUGUAAUAAAUAUGGCUAUUUUCAACUAAAUUAUAUGUUAUCAUUAUCUUUUCUUUUUGGAAACGAUCCUUGCAACACGUU